AUGUUUGCCAGAAAACAUCUUCUUUCUAGACUCAGCCGCUUCCCAUCCAACAGGCGUUUCGCGUCUUCAAAUCCAAGCCAGUCCUCCUAUCAAGUGGUUGUCGUGGGCGGGGGCACCGGAGGUUUAGCUGUAUCGUCAACUCUGUCCGAAGUACUUGGUCGUAAUGCUGUCGCCGUGAUUGAACCAGCGAGUUAUCAACCAUUAUGGACCCUCGUUGGGGGCGGCAUCAAACCAUUUUCAGCAUCUUCUAAACCCGAAUCAGAAGUCAUGCCCCCUAAUGUCUCAUGGAUUAAGAACAAAGCAAUUGAAGUCAAGCCGGAGUCUAACUUUGUUGUCUUACAAGAUGGUCAACAAAUAAAAUACGACUAUCUAGUGGUCGCGGCAGGCAUUCAAUUGAAUUGGAAUAAGGUCAAAGGUUUACCCGAAGCACUUGGGAAAAAUGGUGUCACUAGUAAUUAUGCUGAGGAUUCGGUCGAGAAGACAUGGCAAUUUCUCCAGGAAUUUAAAGGAGGCAAUGCUGUCUUUACUAUGCCUAGCACGCCUAUAAAAUGUCCAGGUGCAGCCAUAAAGAUAGCAUAUCUCGCUGAAGAUCACUUCCGUAAUGCGGGUGUUCGCCAAUCAACACGCGUAAUAUAUAACACUGGAAUGGGUAAAAUAUUUAGUGUGGAAAAGUACGCUAAUAGUCUCACGAGGGUAGCUAAAGAUCGUGGUAUAGAAAUCAAUUUGGCAAAUGAGCUCGUAGAAAUUCGAGCCGAUAAAAAGGAAGCCGUAUUCAAGUCAAACAAAAGCGGUGAAGAAUCGGUUUUGCCUUACGAUUUCUUACACGUGGUACCGCCAAUGGGGCCUCCAGAUUUUAUUGCGAAAUCAAAUAUAGGCAAUGCAGCUGGGUGGGUGGAUGUUGACCAAUACACCCUACAGCAUAACAAGUAUCCGAAUAUAUACUCGCUCGGUGAUUCAUCUUCGGUCCCGACUUCGAAGACCGCAGCUGCUAUUACCGUUCAAUCUGGGGUGUUGAAACACAAUCUAUUAUCUGCAAUACGUGGCACUUUGACACCGCUAACAGUCGCCAAAUACGAUGGUUAUUGCAGUUGUCCACUGUUCGUUGGACGUGAUAAGUUGAUCUUGGCAGAGUUUAAUGGAUUCAAUGCUACUCCGAUGGAAACAUUUCCGUUUGAUCAGGGCAAAGAACGUGGAUCGAUGUAUUUUUUGACCAAAGAGAUAAUUCCUGAAAUAUAUUGGCGAGGACUUCUUAAGGGAACCUGGACCGGACCAGGACGAUUCCGCGAUUACUUCAACUGA